AACGUUAGUGAAACCAUACUAGUUUUUUAAGCCAACGCGAAUUAGAUUUUAAAUAGGGGUGUUUUUGGAAAAGAAUUGAGUUUGGGUGGCAGAAAACUGAAGAACUUCUAACUGUUUGCAACAGAAUUUGGAUGUUUUUUGGAGAAAAAGAUCACUCGAAUUUUCAGUUCCUCUUAAAUUUCUCUGAAAUUAUAGAUGUUUUUAAAAAUAUAUAUAAAAUACUAAGAUUAAUAAUCAAAGUCGAAAAUUGAAUCCCAUGGCUUCUUGUCGUCGUAUGCUUCUAAAGGUCAUAAUUCUCGGUAACAGCGGGGUUGGAAAGACAUCUCUCAUGAAUCAGUAUGUUAAUCGUAAGUUUAGUAAUCAGUACAAAGCGACGAUCGGAGCCGAUUUUUUGACAAAAGAGGUUCAAUAUGAAGACAGACUGUUUACAUUGCAGAUAUGGGAUACUGCUGGGCAGGAAAGAUUUCAAAGUUUAGGUGUGGCCUUCUAUCGAGGUGCCGAUUGUUGUGUACUCGUGUAUGACGUAAAUGUAAUGAAGUCCUUUGAUAAUCUUAAUAAUUGGCGGGAAGAGUUUCUGAUUCAGGCCAGUCCAUCUGACCCCGAAAAUUUUCCGUUUGUUGUGCUGGGAAAUAAGGUUGAUGUUGAUGGUGGCAAUAGUCGAGUGGUUUCUGAAAAGAAAGUAAAAGCAUGGUGUGCUUCAAAGGGAAACAUACCGUACUUUGAGACCUCUGCAAAAGAAGGAUUCAAUGUUGAUGCAGCAUUUGAGUGCAUAACUAAAAAUGCUUUGAAGAAUGAACCUGAAGAAGAAAUAUACAUUCCUGAAACCAUUGAUGUUGCGGGUGGUGGACGGUCACAGAGAUCAACGGGGUGUGAGUGUUAAGAGUUGUGGAUGGGUCUCUUUUUUAUUCGAGUGCAAAAACAGCCGGAGUGGAUAUCUUCAUUACCAGGUACCAAGUAAUUGUAUAGCCAAGUGGAGUUCAAGCUGCCUUGAAGCUUGGGUUGAUUCGAUUGCGAUAAAAACCAAACUAUUUGAGUGACCUCACUCAAUUAGAUUAAGAUAGUUUUACCUAGGAAAAUAUUAUUGGCUUUCUAUCUCUCACUUCAAAUUUAAUUAUCUAUACUAUUAUUUAAAUAUGUGACUGAGUUGAAAUUAUAAAUUAAUUUGUACUAAAAGAAAACAAAUUUUAAAAAUUAUAACUCAAUACCAACUCUUCUUUCCUUGUGUAAGUACAAGCUUGAUUAGAAGAUUAUUGAUAAAUAUCUUGAUUAUUGAUAAA